UGUAUGCUCCUCUUUUCAAACCAGUAAUCUGCACAUUUCCUCAUCACGAUGAAGCUGAUUCUGUCUCUCUCUCUCUCAUCUGGAUGCUCUCCAGCACAGCUGCAGCUCUUCAGUGUCUUACAAAAGAAAGAUUCAGCAACGAUACAGUCCUACAGCCUUGUGAAUCUGAUGAUGACUUGUGUGCAACAAUUGCCCAUCGAGAUUCCGGAGGAAUGGAGAUGAGUAAGGGCAUCGUCCAGUCAUGUCUGCCGUCCUAUCUCUGCGAUCAGCCAUUUUCAAUGAGUUUUGGUGCUUGGAAGUUGGCUUCAUCUGUUCAUUGCUGCAACACCGAUGGCUGCAACAACCAACAUAUACCCUACCCUGAUUUACAAGCAAAAAAUGGCCUGCAGUGUGUCAGCUGCAUUACUCGAGGUUCUGUCUGUAAUGAGACAAUAGAGUGUGUGGGAGCCCAGGACCGCUGCUUCAGUACAAAUGAGACAGUUCAUAACAGCCCCCUUUCUUUCCGUGGCUGUAUGUCUACAAGCCGUUGUGUUACUCCUCAUCUGAGAGACGUAAGCGUUGGCGGUAUUCACUUGAUGCCUCCCGGUGAACUAAAAUGUUGUGGAACCAGCUUCUGUAAUUCAGCCAGGGCCAUCAAACUGAGUGUUGUUCCUGUGCUGCUUGGUCUCAUUUCCCUUAUCAUCUAUUAGAACCAAGAGUGAAACAGAGUUGAGUGGUAAACUGAAAAACAAACAAGCAGAAACAUGUCACUCAGAGCAGGAUUAGUAAUUUCACCUAAUUUGUGUGGUUUAGCAAAAGUAGCAGUGUAAUGUAUUGUGUGUAAGCCAACUGCACCUGUCAUCAUUUCCCACUCAGAGUUAAAACAUUUGACAAUUUUAACUAUAACAGCAGCACCCCAAUAAAGACCACAUCUCCAUGUAAUGAAACAAUACUGUAUACUCAGUUGCCAGUUUAUUAGAUACACCUAGCUAGAACUAAUACAAUCUCAUAACCCCAUUGGCACAAAAUGUCGUAUAAAUGCCACGACAAUGCGCAAGGCGUUUAAUGUGCAAUAAGUACUCCUUUCUUGAUUUCCGCGUGUCAUUUGGUGCGCCAUGUAUCCUGUACUGACUGCGAUGUAAACGCAUCCGCGUAUAAAUGCUACGUGAUCAUUUUUGAUCGGUGUUUCGUUUUGUAAAUUACGUUAGUGGCGUUCGUCACGUGACAUUUGUCACAUGUUUUUUAUUGACGUUUGUGACGCGUUUUCUGUAGUUGUGUUAAGUUGUUUCCAAACGUGUUUUACUGAAUUUACUUACCCAACCAUGAUGUUUUCCCUUACCCUAACCCUAACCCUAAGUGUUUUUCUUGCCUGAAUCUAACUGUGGAUGUUUGCGCGGCGUACAAAUGACACACGAAAAGGCUAAAAUGCGUACUCAUGACACACAGAAUGUCCGUAUAAUGUCGUGGUAUUUAUACGCCUUCCCACGAGACCAGGUUGGUCUCAUACAACUAAAUCCUCCAUGAAGGUUUUAACGUUUGUAGGAUGUUGAAACAGAGAGGUGUGUCUGUUAUUAAGCCUACCUUCAUUGAUAUAAAUGGGGUGGACAGAAUAAUAGAAAUACCUGUCAGUGUAAUGCAAUACAAUUCAACAGCAACAUAAACUACAACCUCCAAAAUGAUCAUACAGUUGAAUCAAACCCUCUUUAAAGCAGCUUCAACACAGGCUGAACAUUAUAACCCUCUUGAAGGUGGAUUUAUCGCAGAUUUGUGACUGCAUUUAUUUUAGCUAAGUGUACCUACUGUAGGUGGCUAGAGUAGUAGAGCUGUGUGUUGGCAAGAAUCUGGCGAUACGAUACGUAUCAUGAUUACAGGGGUUACGAUUCAAUAUAUUGCGAUACUGUAAGCUAGGCAAUGUAUUGCGAUUUUUUAAAUCUAAUUUUAGGAAAA